AUGGCACUUCGGGAUGAAAAUGCUUCUAUCAAAAUAGCUGCAUGCCGUGCAUUGGGAAAUACAUGUCAAAAAACAACAAUGGAUGAUAUUAUCAAAGAACUGAUAGCUACAAUCGGAGAUCUAAAUAUAGAUGUUUCUGAUGGAGGAUAUUUUGCUCUACUAAAUCUGGGUAAAACAGAAGCCUGCACUAAUUCUGUGAUCAAAUCACUCAUAGGUGCACUUGAAAAUGGAAAUGCUGAAAUUAGAAAGGGCGCAUGUUCAAUUUUGAAGCAAAUGGGUAAAAAAGUAGUAACUAUGGAAGUUUCAAAUAGGCUAGUACUUGUACUUUGGGAUACGGAUCCCGAAGUUAGUCAUGAAGCAAGCUAUACUCUUGGGUCACUGAUCGAAGAAGAAGCACCCAUUGAAGUUAUCAAUCGACUUAUAAUCGCGUUAAGUGAUCCCAAUGAAGAUAUUCGAGACAAUGCAUUUGGUAACGCGAGAACUUAUGUCUUGAAAAAUGCAUUCAAUACUCUCUCAAAUACAAGUAAAACACUUAUGAAUGACACCAUAAUCAACAAGGUGAUAGCUGAAUUUCAAAAUGGCAAUAAUAGUGUCCAACGGAAAGCUUGUCAAACUAUUUGCAUGAUAUCUCAAAUUAUACCUGAAAAAGUAACAACCGACAGUGUGGUCAACGCAAUGGGAAUUGCACUUUGGGAUUUAGAUGAUGAUGUUCGAAGUUAUGCAUGCUUAACUAUUGGGAUCCUAGGUAAAACCUAUACAAUAAACGAAGCCAUUAUCAGUGAUCUGGUAGCUGCGCUUUCUGAUCAAAAUAAAAAUGUUCGACUUAGUUCUUGCCAAGCUUUCGAAAUAAUGAAUAGGAAAUUAGCUACGAAUGACGUGAUUAUUGGUUUGGAACAAUUACUUCAAGAUCCAGACGAUGAUAUUCGAGAGAAAGCAUGCCGAGCUCUUCAACAAAUGGGUGAAAAAGCAGCAACAAAUACGGUAAUUAGUGGACUCGUUAAUGCACUUAAAGGUCCAGGUCCAGAUCAGAGCAACUUUUCUUUCAUCUUUGUAUGUCAAGCUCUCGAAGCAAUAGGUAAAAUGACAGUAACCAAUGAUAUGAUUAAUGGGUUAUUGAAUGAAAUUGAAAAUUAUAUACACUCAAAUACAGUUGUUUCAGCGCUUGGAGAAAUUCUUCAAUCUAAUUCGAUGUUAUCCGAUUUGGAUUCUAGUACAAUUAUGAAAUUAUCUUCAUAUCUGAGUCAACAUGAUUUGGAUAAUCUUAAAAUACUAUCUCCAGAUUAUUUUAUUAAAUUAUUUCUAGAUACGAAAAACUCUACUUGGUUACAUGCUAUCACUAUUUUUACACUCCUUCAAGGAAGUGCAAUUACUAUAAUUGAAAAUACUGUAUUUAUAUAUGGAAAUGAAGAACCAAUACAACUUUCCGUCUCUAAUAAGAAAUUAUGUCAACAACUAAUUAAAGCUUUUGCUGCGCAGAAAAAUGGUCCUCUCUCCUCUUCAGAACUACCUCAAAACGAUGGAUCUAAACGAAAUGUUUUCUCUAGAGCUUGUCAGAUUCUCUAA